CCACGCCUUCCGUUCCCGCUAGUGAUGACGUGCUGCAUUCUGGGAUUUGUAGUCUUACGUGUCCUUACGCAUCCCACCUGGCCGGUGCGAUCAGUACCACUUCAAAUACAGGUGUUUGACAGGUAGACUCUGUUAAGUUGGGACUAUUCUUGGUGUCGGCUUUGUUCUGCUUCUGUCAUAACUCCUCCGAAAAAAGGUGGCAUUCCUGCCCUGAAUUACUGUCCUCAGGGAGAGGCGUGGACAGUGGGCACCCUUGCCAACGCCUACGAUGCUUUUAGGCUGUACAGCUAUCAGCUGGGCUGACCAUGGCCCUUUCUGUGGAGACGGAGUCGCACAUCUACCGAGCUCUGCGCACUGCCUCUGGGGCUGCAGCCCACCUUGUGGCCUUGGGCUUUACCAUCUUUGUGGCUGUACUUGCCAGACCUGGCUCCAGUCUGUUCUCCUGGCACCCUGUUCUUAUGUCUCUGGCUUUCUCCUUCCUGAUGACUGAGGCACUCCUCAUGUUUUCUCCGGAGAGCUCACUGCUGCGUUCCCUCUCACGGAAGGUCCGAGCACGCUGCCACUGGGUGCUUCAGCUACUAGCCCUACUCUGUGCUCUGCUGGGUCUAGGUCUUGUCAUCCUCCACAAAGAGCAGCUUGGCAAAGCACACCUGGCCACUGGCCACGGGCAGGCAGGGCUGAUAGCGGUGUUGUGGGCAGGUCUGCAGUGUUCAGGUGGUAUGGGGCUGCUCUACCCCAAGUUGCUGCCUCGAUGGCCCCUGGCAAAGCUGAAACUCUACCAUGCCACUUCUGGGUUGGUGGGCUACCUGAUGGGCAGUGCCAGCCUCCUGUUGGGCAUGUGCUCACUCUGGUUCACUGCUGCUGUCACUGGCGUUGCCUGGUACCUGGCUGUGCUGUGCCCCAUCCUCACCAGUUUGGUGAUCAUGAACCAAGUGAGCAAUGCCUACCUAUACCGCAAGAGGAUCCAACCGUGAGCACUUCCCAGCUACCAGGAAGCCGGGAUUUGGGGAUUUGCAUAGGACCUGGGGCUGGGAACCUGCCUGAUGCUCUUAGCUGAUGGGGUCAGGGAACACUUCAGGUGCUAGGGCACUCAGGGGUAGACCUUAACAUUUCUGCUCCUCAUGCUAGAGUGUCUCCCUUUUCUUUUCUUGCUAUCAACCCAGGGUAGCAUGGAUCAUGUGUCUGGAUGAUGUUGGGGUUGCAACACUGUCUCCCCAGCCAUACAGCUUAUAUUUGUACUGGUAUGUCCAGAAAUCAUGAAGAAAAAUAAACAAAAAACUGAAACUCAAAA